AUCGUACAUGAUCCUGAGGGCCACUUUUUUCUUCUACUGUGAGGACAAGGAGAAUAUCACCGCCAGUCUUUUCAGAACCGGCUCACGCCUGUGUCCAAAACAAACCAUGUCCCUGGAGUAAAUGGAGAGAGGAAAAAGAAAGGAAGCCAUGCAGGGUACAGUCAUACAUUAAUCACCAAUGUGAUUCGCAAAGUGUGAGAUUGCCCUGCUAUGCCUUGUGUGACUAGGACCUCAUACCUGGAACACCUCUGCCUUGACACUUGCGGAGACUCAGACCAUAAAAACACUGCUAAGGAGUGCUAAGCUGGCAAUGAAACAGCCCAACAGGAAGAGGAAGCUCAGUAUGGAUUCCAAGGAGCGUUUGAAUCAGGAUGGAUGCUUGGAGCAAGCUGAAGAAGAAAAGAAGCCCAGGGAUGGUGUGACCCCUCUGAGUCACGCCCCUGCGGUGGCCACGCGUGAGGCCUGGUCUUGGGAGCAGUACUUGAAGGAACAGGAGGCCGUGGCAGCGCCCGUUGAGCUGUUUUCCAAGGACCAGUCCUUUCCGGAGCAUGAAAAUGGUUUUCAGGUUGGAAUGAGAUUAGAAGGCAUUGACCCCCGUCAUCCAUCUGUGUUUUGUGUGCUUUCUGUAGCUGAGGUGUGUGGUUACCGUCUCAGACUUCAUUUUGACGGUUAUUUAAGCUGCUAUGAUUUUUGGACUAAUGCUGGUUCCCCUGACAUUCAUCCAGUAGGGUGGUGUGAAAAGACCAAACAUGAAUUACACAUCCCUAAGGGUUAUAGAAAAGAUAAAUUUGUUUGGAUGGAUUACUUGAAGGCCUGCAAAUUGCAAAAUGCUCCCAAGAAAUUAUUCAGAAACAGAAAUUCUAAUGGGCCAGUGCCUAAGGAAUUUCAGGUUGGAAUGAAGCUGGAGGCUGUCGACAGGAAGAACCCUUCCUUGGUAUGUGUGGCAACCGUAGCAGAUAUUGUUGGAGAUCGCUUGCUAGUGCAUUUUGACGAUUGGGAUGAUAGUUACGAUUACUGGUGUGACGUCAAUAGUCCUUAUGUUCAGCCAGUUGGUUGGUGUCAGGAGCAUGGAAGAACUCUGAUAGCACCCCAAGGUUAUCCUGAGCCAGAAAAAUUUUCCUGGACAGAAUAUCUGGAAGCUACUCGAACUAAUGCAGUACCUGCCAAAGUUUUUAAAAUGCGGUUGCCCCAUGGUUUUCUCCCGAAUAUGAAACUUGAAGUCGUGGAUAAACGAAACCCCAGGUUAAUUCGUGUUGCUACGAUUAUAGAUGUUGAUGACCAAAGAAUAAAGGUCCAUUUUGAUGGCUGGGACCACAAAUAUGACUACUGGAUGGAUACAGACAGCCCUGACAUUCACCCAGUCGGAUGGUGUGACGUCACAGGUCAUCCCCUGGAAGUGCCGCAUUGGGCAAAUGAUGUGAAAAUCCUUCCAGGUCAAGCUGUUUGUCCCACUCCAGGGUGCCGAGGGAUAGGCCAUAUCCGUGGUCCACGGUAUUCAGGACAUCACAGUGCCUUUGGCUGCCCGUAUUCGGACAUGAACUUGAAAAAGGAGGCAACGCUUCACGAUCGUCUGCGAGAACAAACACAGGCAAAUGUGGACUCAGACUCUGCACAUUCAAAAUCGAAAAACCUCUGUAGUUGGAACUUCAAUGGAAAACAUGAAAAGGUGAAGAGCCAGUCCAGACUUGUACAGCAGGCAAAGUGUUUGAAAAUCAAAGGAAAAGAAGAUAUUGACUUGGAUAUUCUCUUCAGAGAGCACUUGGCCGCGCGGACGCAGCAGGCCCUGCACCAGUCGGUCUUCAUGUCGUCCUCGUCCGCCCAGCCUUUCCGGGACCUUCCCCUGGGCCGCAAACAGCACCUCAAGCUGCUCCCCGGCGUGGCCGACGUGCAGGCUGGCAAGGUGGCCCGGUGGACGGUGGAUGAGGUGGCUGAGUUCGUACAGUCUCUGCUGGGCUGCGAAGAGCAUGCCAAGUGCUUCAAGAAAGAGCAGAUUGAUGGCAAAGCCUUCCUGCUCCUGACACAGAAGGACAUUGUCCAGGUGAUGAAGAUCAAACUGGGUCCAGCCCUGAAGAUUUAUAACUCCAUCCUCAUGUUCAGAAGCUCCCAGGACCUCGCCGGGGAAGGUGCUGUCUCAGGCCAGGAAGGCAGGGGGAACGUCUGCACCUGAUGGGCUGCGGCCACCACGCCUUGUUCUCUCAGCAGGAGCACCGGCCACAUGAACUUGAUUUCGGUGUGCCCGUGGUCACGUCCAGGUGUGAUCUGGACCUUGUAAAGUGGCUGCGGUUUUUAUGUUUGCAGGGUUUGCUGGCUGGUCCAGCACCAGUGACGCAGAGGCCCAGGCACAUGCAGGCUUCUGACCGGCCUCAUCUCGGCUCUGACGUGCUGCAGCGACCAGACCAGAGCAGCCCGCGCGCCUUUAUCCUUCUCCCUCGCCCUGGAGGAGGUCACUUCCCAUUUGCAAGGAUGCAACUCUCCAGUGGUAGAGUAUCAGGAAAACGGUUUUCACACACACAUUGUUCUGUUUUCACCAGAACGGCUUCUGAGCUGGGCUGCGAUUUGCCCUCCGGGUGCAGUGAGUCUAAGAGAUAGAGGCCUGGUGCUUUAAACAGACUUCUGUGAGAUUUGUGUACUUUACUCAGGAAAGCAUGGAUCGUUAAAAAAAUUAGUAAUAAGCACAUGUUUUCAUGAUCCAUUAAUUCUCCUUUGUGUUCCACAAACCGUUUCUCAGUUGUGCUGCCAGGGUCUCCCGAGUGUGCCCAGCCAGCCAGGCACCUGGCAGAAGCUGGCAGGACUCUCCUGAGGACCCUCCACCUGCAGUGUCCCCGCAGGGACCCGUGUCCUCACACAGACACACCUCCCUCCCCCCCCAACCCCCGACGUCGUCACAGCUUCUGCUCUAAGGGUCGCCUCAGGGGGGCUGACUUGUCCUGCAGGCUGUCUGCGUGUGUGCCACGAGCCGUGUUACAUGGGGGCCCUGGGUACGUCUUUACAGAGACACUCCAUUAAAGGGAAGAUUUCUAAAGUGGGGAGCUGGGUGUCUAGGAUAUGUUCAAACAAUUCUUAUUUGUUCUCAGCCCUUAUUUGUUUUGUGUAAGUGACUACAUUUGCGGCUGAAGUUACGUGGCGUCAGCCUCACGGUAUGGGAGCUCCAUCUUUUUGGUUGGUUUUUUUGGGUGGCAGGGGUUGUGUUUUUUUGCAGGUGGGAGAGAAAAGAAAAAAAAUAGAGUCAGACCUACAGUACCUAUUUGCUUCAGUUAAGAAUCUUACGGUUUAAGAAAGUUGCUUGGAGAGUUUAUCAAACUUAAAGUCACCGAAGGAAAAAAAAUUCUUCUCUAAGAGGUAUACUUGUAUUUCAUUCUUUAGAUCCUCACCUUAACUAAAUGGAAUUUUAAUGUAUUAUUGGUUAAUGUGCAUUUUUCUUUCUGUGAUGUUUUAUUUGUUGUUUGGGUUUUGUUUUGUUUUGUUUGACUGCCACGUACAAUUAAAAUUCCUGCUUCUAUGUUAAAAUUUUAAUAUAUUUUAAAUGAUAAUAAACAG